AGACCUUCACUGUCCAGCUGCUCCAGACCAGCAUCUUCGAAAACGCUUCCUUUGUGGACACAGAGGGAGUGGGCCUGAUGAAUGACAUUGAACUCGGUUCUCUUGAUAAGCACACCUGGACUUUCCGCUUCCUCCAGCCGUGGGUACAGCCAGCCCUACCCCACAGUGACUGGGAGACCUAUGAGAACAUGUACAAGAUCUUUUUGCAGAAGUGCAAUCAAAAUUUCCAUCAAGGUUCCAUCAAGAAUUAUAUGCCCUAUCCCUUUGUGGUCCAGUACGUAGAAGGCUGUGAGCUCUUUCUCAAUAGGACCUCUGGAGCCUUCGUUCAUGUGGGCUACAAUGGACAGGACUUCCUUAGCCUCAACGUAGAAAAUUAUUCCUGGCAAUUUGCCCAAGACACUAACCUGUCACGGUACAUCAAGUCCACUCUUGAGAACAGUCGCGCCUUCAGUGAGCUGGUGGAUUUCCUCUUCAAUGAGACCUGUGUUGAUGUCCUGGAGGUGUUACUGCACUAUGGGA